UUAUUUUCCCUCAUUUUAUGACAAAAGAAUAAAACGCAGCGUUUUGACCAUAAGCUCGCCUUUCAGUUGUUGCCGAUCGCAAGGAAGAAGCCUAUUUGCAUCUCCAAUGGCUGCCAUCUUAGCUCGCAAAUCUCUAUCUGCUUUACGUUCUCGUCAGCUUGUUUUGGCAGGACACACAAUUGAAGGAACUAAUGGCUACAACAGAACUCUGCUUGGCACCCGAUCAUUUGCUACCAAGCAUUCAUUUUCUACUGACAAAGAUGAUGAAGAAAGAGAGCAGCUAGCAAAGGAGUUAUCAAAAGAUUGGAAUUCAGUUUUUGAGCGAAGCAUCAAUACAUUAUUUUUGACUGAAAUGGUUCGAGGUCUAAUGCUGACGCUGAAGUACUUCUUUGAGAAGAAAGUAACGAUUAACUAUCCAUUUGAGAAGGGUCCUUUAAGUCCUCGUUUUCGUGGAGAACAUGCUCUUCGACGUUAUGCAACUGGAGAGGAAAGAUGCAUUGCAUGUAAACUUUGUGAAGCUAUUUGCCCUGCCCAAGCCAUCACCAUUGAGGCCGAGGAGCGAGAGGAUGGAAGUCGUCGCACAACUAGGUAUGAUAUUGACAUGACAAAAUGCAUUUACUGUGGAUUCUGCCAAGAAGCCUGCCCUGUUGAUGCAAUCGUUGAAGGGCCCAACUUUGAAUUUGCAACCGAAACUCAUGAGGAACUUCUUUACGACAAGGAGAAGCUUCUUGAGAAUGGUGAUCGAUGGGAAACUGAGAUUGCCGAGAAUCUGAGAUCCGAAAGCCUCUACCGCUGAGUACUUUUUUUUGAGUUGAGAUACAAUGAAACUUUCUAGCUUCUGAGGAAUUAAUAAAAUAAAGGGAUCUACUGAAGGAUGUUCUCUUUUUGUUGUUUCCGUUGCCUUUCCAUUAUUGAGAUGGCUCUAUUUAAGUAUACAUAUUGAUUGGUGAAAAUAUGAAGCAUCUUAUUAUAUUUGAUGACAUUUUGUGAAGGUUCUUGUUCAUUCAAGUUGCUGUGAAACUAAACA